AUGACUCUGUUCGGUACUUUUCUUACGGAAACAUUGCAGAGAUCGUGGAGUCUAUGGCGAAAGAAAUCUACCGUUCGCGUUCGCAACACAGGCCGCUACUACUUCGACUUCACGCAUUGGCACAUCCUCGUCUCCUGGAUCAUCAUCAUUGCCGAACUCGUUCUGGGAACCAUCCCCGAACCACCCUGGAUACGCAUGCUGGCUAUGCCUGUGCCCUCACUCUUCUUCGUUUUCUCUAUCGAGAUGUUGAUCUUCGAAUUCAUGUACAUCUUCAAGAUUCCCGUCCCGUUCCGCAUCUCCUCUGUCCCCAAAGGCGACCCAAUGCGUCCCGCUCUCUAUCCGCUCCUGGAAGACAUCAUCGCCGUUGAUGGGAUGGGACAAACAGAGUUCCGAGACCAUUUAAAUCAGCGAUACAACGCGAGUCCUCCGUUUCGCAGCAUGCUACAUCGAUUGACGAUGCUGUGGAUGAUUCCUCAAAUGCUGGUGGCCGGCGGAACGCUGGCGGGAAUUGUGAUUGCUGACCAUGAGCUGGCUUAUACGCUCGGCUGGUCAGUUCCUGCAAUUUGGGCAGGGAUCUGGGCUAUGGUAAUGGCGAUACGGAUUAGGGUGGAAUUGCGCCGUGAGCGGCAUUAUUGGAUGGCGCUGCGACUGACUCGGCAGCUGCAGCAAUAA